CCCGACUGAGUCCGCUAUGUUCUCUGGGCAAUCUGUCGUGCAGUGUCUCGCCCUGCUUGUGUUCGCGGAAGCGUGUGCUGCCCUCACGCCCGUAGAUCCCUCCAAGUCACCGCGCAUCCUGCGGCCUAACGGCGCGGAUGUCUGGACAGUCGGAGACGUCGCAACUAUCCGCUGGAGCAACGAUGGCCUGGGCAUCACUACUGAAGUAGGACGACUGCUUCUGGGCUUCGAGAAUCCGGACAACGGCCAAACUAUGGAGUUUCCCGGUCAGCCACUCGCAGACGGCUUCGCCCUCGCGGACGAGGUGGUGAAUGUGAUAGUGCCUGCCGUGCCCACCGGCAACUUCUACUGGAUUGCCUUGACUGGGAACGCCGCGAACCAAAGCCCGCUAUUCUCCAUAGUCGACCCUGCCGCUCCGACGGAAGGCACCCCGGGAAAUACCACGUUCCCGUUCAGCCUCGCCGUCAGCACUGCUCCUUUGGCGACUGUGAGCCAUUCGUCAAGCGCGACUUCAUCCAGUAGCUGGUCCGUGUCGACUACAACGUCGCCAUCAUCCACGUCCACGAUUGCAUCACCUUCAACGACGUCCUCGGGCUCUUCGGGGGCAUGCAAGCCAACGGUUGACUCGAGCCUCGGCUGGCUGCUGACCUCUUUGCUAGGUCUCGUUACAGUCCUCGUCUUUUAACUUUGAAAUUGUUCUUCGCCCUAAUUCGUAUCUCACCAUAUCUGGCUCUACUUGUAGAUGCGUGUCCC